UGCGUUUGCGUACUAGUUCUGUUACAGUAAUAAUAUAUAUAUAGUCUAUGCAGCUGUGGCUUGCGGUGUUUCAUGUUGACACCGUGAAAUCUGAAAAAUUAAAAAAUGGAAACACGCAUGCGACACGAUAUACCACAAAAUGCCAUACUAUUGACAAAAAUGGAGGCUUUAUCCAAUCAAUUAGAACUUAUUAAAACCUGGAAUCCACGAAGCGAAGUAUGGUCGCUAUUAUUUGGACGAGCUAUUCUGACUUCAGCGGCUUCAUUAACUGGGUUUUACAUCAAUCAACGAUUUAGAAGAAAAUUAAAAUUCCGGAAUUUCGGUGUGUUCCCCACAAUGGCUGGUGUUACAACUGGUCCAGCUGUAGCGACAACACUUCUUUACACAGAGAUAAUCCUGAAUAAAAUGUUGUUAUUGGAGAUUUCUUGUCCUAUAUGCCUGGAAUCCAGGUCUAUUUUGUUACAAGCUUCUACUGGCUUGCUUCUUCCAUUGAUACUAGUACCAUUCGCAAAUUUUUCUAUUGGUGCUCGCAGUGGGAUGCAUAACAUACCACAUAUAACUGAUGUGAAAGGAAUAUUUAGAAUUAUUUCAUCAGUCUACAAGCCAAUGAUACCUGUAAUUGCAACAAUUUUCACUUUUCAUGCACUGUUAGCUGGUUUUAUAACACACUCACAAAUUAAAUCUUUUCUUCACAUACUGGAUGUGCAAAAUUUUAUAGAGCAAGACAGAAGAGAUCAGAAAUUUUCAAAGGCUUUCUAACUUUAUGUAAUAAAACAAUAUAAUAUAUUGUUGUAAUUGUAAUAAAAUAUAUGUAAAUUAAAGAAAUAUCUUUUUCGGUUUAACUGAUUUUAUUGCAUUCUAAGAAUAAGUCUCAUUAAUUAUUAUCAUG